UUACUGAUAUUCUCGUGAAUGAAAAACAUAUUUAAUUACGAAGAGUAAAAAGAAGCAGGGUUGAGGAAAUUUUUUGGAAGGAAAACAAAAAUUCGAUCCGAAUGUAUUAGAUCUCAAAUCAUUUCUACUGAAAACUACAGCCAUCGAAUUCCCUGCAAUUAACAUAAGCAUAACCCCUUUCCAACCUUUCUCCUCUUCAGAUCGGAUCAGAUCAGAUCCACCGCCAUGGAUUUCAUGAAGGUCUUCGAUCAAACCGUUCGAGAAAUAAAGAGAGAGGUGAAUCUGAAGGUGCUCAAGAUUCCGGAAAUCGAACAGAAGGUGCUGGAUGCUACUGAUAAUGAACCUUGGGGUCCUCAUGGUACUGUGCUGGCAGAGAUUUCACAGGCUACCAAAAAAUUUACUGAAUGUCAAAUAGUCAUGAAUGUCCUUUGGACAAGACUGGGUGAAACUGGAAAAGAUUGGCGCUAUGUAUACAAGGCAUUAGCUGUCAUAGAAUAUUUGGUAGCACAUGGAUCUGAACGUGCAGUUGAUGACAUUAUAGAACAUACUUUUCAGAUCUCUGCACUUUCUAGUUUUGAAUAUGUUGAACCUAGUGGGAAGGAUGUGGGACUCAAUGUAAGGAAGAAGGCUGAAAACAUUGUGUCACUUUUGAAUGAUAAAGAUAAGAUACAUGAAGUCAGAAAUAAAGCUGCUGCAAACCGUGACAAGUACAUUGGAGUUUCUUCUAGUGGAAUCACAUACAAGUCUGGGUCAGCCUCCUCUUAUGGUAGUGGCAGCAGCUUUCAAAGCAGUGGUAAAUAUGGAGGCUUUGGAUCUAGAGAUGGUGACAGGUUUAAUGAUAGCUAUAGAGACAAAGGAUCCUAUGAAGAAGAAAAAGAUUACCAAGGAAAAUCACACCAUGCCACCGCUAGUGACAAUCAAGAGAACUCCUUCAAGAAGGGUUCUGCUCGCUCUGCCAGUAAAAGUCAGGAGAACAAGUCAUCUGGAUUAUCAAAGUCAUCGACUAAUGCAAAUAAUUAUGGUUCAGUUUCUUCUCAAAGUUCAAGUGUACCUGCAAACAGUACUGAGGAUGACAUGGAUGAUUUUGAUCCAAGAGGAACUUCUACCAAAACUUCAGCUGGAAACUCUAACCAGGUUGAUCUCUUUGGACAAGAUUUAAUCGGUGACCUCAUGGAUGCUCCAACAUCUGUUCCUGUAGAAAAGCCAGCAACUAGUAAUGUACCAGAGGUUGAUCUUUUUGCAGAUGCAGCAUUUGUAUCAGCAGAACCUCAUGUGGACAAAGGAGCCAUUUCUCAACCACAGGCUGAGGUGGAUCUAUUUUCUUCACAACCAGCCAUUCCUACAGUUACACCAACAGUUGAUUUGUUUUCCAUUCCUGAACCGGCAGUGCAGCCAGACACCAAGUCAGAGAAGUCUGUUCCUAUGAAUAACAGCACUAUUGAUCCCUUUGCUGCUGUUCCUCUUAAUAAUUUUGAUGGAUCUGAUAUUUUUGGUGACUUUACUUCUCAAUCUGAUUCUGUGUCUUCCCAGCCCUCCAAUAAUGUUUUCAGUGAUGGCAAGCAUGAUAAUGUGACUGGUAAAUCUUUAGCAGACUCUAAAGUUUCACCUAAAAAGGAUAAUUUCCAGGUGAAGUCUGGCGUCUGGGCUGACUCACUAAGCCGUGGAUUGAUUGAUCUCAAUAUAACUGCUCCUAAAAAAGUAUCCCUUGCGGACGUUGGAAUUGUGGGUGGAUUGAGUGAUGGAUCCGAUGAAAGGGAGAAAGGCCCUCCACCUUCAUUUUACAUGGGGAGAGCUAUGGGUUCAGGAUCUGGUCUUGGAAUGGGUAGGUCUGGAUUCACUCCUUCACAGCCAGCAGCUGGAGACGACUUUUUCUCAAGCCUUAGCAACCAACAAUAUCAAUUUGGUGGGUUCCAAAAGUAAAAUUCUCAGAUUUUAUACUCUUCCCAUCACAUUUUCACUCAUUCUUUAUGUCGGCAUUACCAAGCUUGUGAAGCUUUUUGGCAUGGCUUUUUGUUCAUAUAUAUUUCUCCCAAUAUUGUGAUUAUAUUAUUUUAAAUUUUAAGCUACUAUCGAUUGCAACAUCCUGCGGACUAAAGUGCCAAAAUGUAUGGUGGCACUACUUUGAGUUGUAAAAUAUACGUGUCAACAAUUAAGGUUGCUGUUGACAUGUUUGUCGUCAUUAGAGAUCAACCUGUCAAACCUGGCUUUUAUUUGCCUUGUUUGUUCCCAUGUGCCAACCUCUCUUGCUUUCUCAA